UUGGAUCAAAAAUUCACUUAUUUGACCUCCAAUUUCCGCUUAUCCACAAAAGAGUCCCUCCAAUGCCAAAAACAAGAGCCGGAAACGGCACGUAUUGGAGGCCUUUCAACCCAACUCAGAAUCAAACUCUUCUCAGGCGAGGAAAUUGAUUCUACUGGUUAAUUUCCAUCAAAUUCUUGGUCGAGUGAAUGUUUAGAUUGAUCAUCACAAUUGAAGGGUAGUGAAGUGGGUUCUUUGUAAUUACAUAUGAAUAUAAAGAGGGAAGUUUCUGAAUUUUAGGGAUUUUCUAGUCAAAAGAUAAGCACAAAAUCUGGGAUUUGAAGAUAUUUAUUACAGAUUCUACAAGAUCUAUUUAUUUUUAACAAAUAGCAUCAAAACUGAAGUGGCUGAGAGAGAUUUUACUGGUAGAGAUGGGAGGCUGCUGUUGUUCUUCAAGAAAACCUCAGUUGCUGCAUGGAACACCUGUGUAUUACUAUUUUCCAACAAUGGUUUUGGAAGAAGAUAAUGAGUUUCAAUCAGCAAACACCAGUCCGGACAUGGUACUUACUAGGAGACUACACCCUUUUGAUCUGAAUUUGGACAUGUCAACACCCGAUACAUAUCGGACUCCACCAGCACCCAUUCCUUACGAUGCUCUUUUUGGGUGUGGAUCGUCGUCAGAUUCAGAAUCUCUUAGAGAAACAAUUAGCUGCAGUAGUUUUGAGACAAUAAUAUCAACAGCUUUGGAUCUUAAAGAAGCGGAAACCAGUUCAAUGGAGUCGCCAAGAAAGUCCAAAGUGGAACCUCUAAAACCAGAUGAAUUUGUUGAUAAUUUGGUAACAGAAGAAGAGGAUGUUUGUCCCAUUUGUCUUGAAGAAUACAUUGAAGAGGAUCCAAAGAUUUUGACAAGAUGCAAGCAUCAUUUUCACCUUGAGUGCAUUCUGGAGUGGAUGGAAAGAAGUGAUGUCUGCCCUAUAUGCAAUCAGGAAACAGAACUUGAAGAUCUCAAUUGUUGAUACAACAUGAAUAAGUGUAUAAAGGUUGUAGCUUUUGGGGAUUGAACAUUUAUUUGAUCUGUACAGAUUCAUCUGUUUUUUAGUUCUGUAUUAGCUAGAUGUAUAUGUUAUUGCAUUUGGGAUCUCUGUCUGUAUGUAAGAAGAACAUAUAAAGGUCUUUGUUAGUUGUUAUACAUACUCUCAGCCUUAUGUAUAUAUAUUUAUACAGCAGCUCUUGGAAAGUUAUCAUUA